CGGCAUUCGCGAUUCGGUGACACGGCGCGUUUGGACGCGUUGACGACCUCUAGGACUCUGAAUUCAACCAUGAGCGGCUCUAAUGCCUCAUCAGAACAAUCUUAAGCAGCAUCUCAAGUGGCUGUUAGCCGCGAAGCCUUUCGUCCCGCCUUCUGUUCCGCUCGUUGCCUACAACCCCGACGAUGUUACCAACUUCGACGCACUUUCAGACGAACCCUCCCUUUUGGUCGAUGUUGCACCGGCUGUCUGGCCUGCAACUGCCCGCGCUCCUGCUGGUUCCCGCCCACCACCAUCCCGCACCCUCGCUCGAACGAAGGCAGUUGAUACACACACGCCACCUGAGACAGAACAGACAGAAGACGCAGAAGAGAUAGAAGGUGAUAUGGCAAGACUGCGCGCCACACCAAGCACCGGGGGCCCUAGGCUCAUGCUAGCGGGCGUACCACCUUAUGGCUCGACACCAUCGAAAAGCAGACAGCAGCGCGAGGAUGGCAUUGCGCGUAGUCAUGCAUCAAAAGCCGGUCGCAGCGAAGCUGCGUGGGUCACCAGAGAGGAAUCUUCGAGCGCAGCUGAACCGUCGACAUUGCGCAAGCCACGUGUGCAGGUAUUCGAUGUCGAGGCAAUCGACCUUACGGGAGACGAGGUCCCCUCAUCGCCCGUACCGAGCCACUUCAACAGGGGCAAGAAGAGGAAGAGUGACGAGUAUCGCGAGGGUCUUGCACGGCAACAAUCGCCUAAGCCAGCUCGCAAAGCCCUAACGCGCAGUCCAGACCUCAUGAUGGACGACUUUCCUGACAUCGAGGACUUUGUCAUGGCGCCAGAUACCCCCGCUCCAGCCAGUCCGCCUCCGCCGUAUUCAACCGUAGCACUGAGCAGGGAGCAGAAGAAGCAGGCAGAGAUCGCCGCAGACGAGGAGGCUGCGGGGUUCGUUCAGUCGUCAGAAGAGGACGGACCAGUCGUGGCGAGUCGCAAACGAAAGUCCUUGAGUCGUGUACUUUCAGAAACCCUGGCUCCAGCUCGUAAGAUUGGCAGGCAAGCACGAAGCCCUCCACCGACGAAGAAGGCCUCCGCAGUCGAACCUACACGCACACCUACAACCAGGCGCGUUGGUCAUGCAGUGAUGGAUUCUGAAGACGAAGAGGAGGAUUUCGGUGACUUGGACGUCAUGGAACUUGAUCUUCUGCCCAAGUCUUCACCCACGAAACCAACACGCAAGCAGACGGCAAGCCGUAGUCCCACAAAGCCAUCGACCCAACUACAACUGCCAAUACGAUCGCCAAGCAAGCCUGCCCGUAGUCGAAGCCCGUGCGAAGACAAGCAGUGCUCCAUACCUACCCCGGAUACUACGCAGUCCCCUCGCAAGGACAAACCUUCUCCGAAGAAGUCGCAGUCUAGACCACCAGCUGUACAAUCGCUUGCGCAGCCCGUAUUUUCUUCGUCUGACUUGUCUAAAGAGCAGAAAGCAAUCAUACACGAGGCGAUUGGGUUCUUCUUGGUCUCGGGUGGUGAUCGGCACCUUCAAUCCCUGGCCGUGGCCUGGGAGAAGGCUAAGACGGCGUUUGUUGAACAAGUUGGACUCGACGACCCAGAUCCGCAUGUCAAAGAGAAUUUAGAGCGCCUACGGCCCAAGAAGGCUGCUGUAGAGCGAUUGACAGCUCUGAGGGAACAGUAUGAUAAGGUAGUUGCGGAACGAGAUGUCCUCAAGAAGAGGGUGAAGGAUGACAUCGAGGAAGGCAUCUACGAAGAGGCGGACUACGCAGCUCUCAAGACUGUCUCUAAGUCGCUCGAAGACGUUGAGGUGCAGAUACACCAUUAUCUCGGUAUUGCGGGCGUUCAGCAACCGAAAGCAGCACCGAAGGAGCCACGAAAACCCGCCACCAAGGUCGAAGCCAAGCAUCAUCACGUUGUUGUUGAGGCGACACAGGCGAGUCCUGCUCGGCGAAAACAGAAGGCCGUCGACUCAGGGCCCAGUCAUGUUCCGCAGACACAGCUGCCAAAUCAACGCGUAUGGUCGCCUAAUCGGCACAUACGCUUCGCUGCGGACCAAGUUCCCGCUUCUCCAUCGGCUGCCAGGUCGACCACCAGAGUUCAGGACCGCACCUGCCAGCAGCAAAUCCCCACCGAACAUGCCCCUGCCCGUGGUUCCAGUGGAAAUGUGUCGUACCAUACAGCGGAGGAUUUUGGCGAUAUUGAUUUCAGUGAAGACGACGAGAAUAUGUUUACUGAGCACAUGGGUCCACCUCCGGGCGCGACGAGUGGACGUGCCGGGGACAGUGACGGCGGAGACGACUUCGGCAUGGAUGAUGACGAGAGCCUCCUCUACGAGAUGGACAACAUGGACAAUCAAGAGUCAAGUCGUUUCGACUGGAGAGGAGAUCGAGCGAACGCUGCAGCACCUCACUCGCGAGAGGUUCUUCGUGAAACUACAGUCAAUACAGUGCAUCGACAACCCGAGCCACCCUCACCAAAGAAACCAGCUAUGAGCAUGCCUAGCAAAGGGGUGCCUGGCAUGAAUCACCCCUGGUCGAAGGAUGUCAGGGCCGCACUCAUUCACAAGUUUCAUCUCCGAGGGUUUCGGCCGGGUCAACUCGAGGCCAUCAACGCCACACUAGCUGGAGAACAUUGCUUCGUGCUCAUGCCGACUGGAGGCGGAAAAUCCUUGUGCUACCAACUGCCUUCAGUCAUUCGUUCAGGAAAGACAAGCGGGGUGAGCAUUGUAGUAUCUCCUCUUCUGAGUUUAAUGGAAGACCAAGUUGAAUCAGCAAUGACCCGGUUUCAAGUUCAAGCUUGCCUCAUCAACGGGCAAACGCCAUCAAACGAAAAGGCGGAGAUCAUGGAGACGCUCGAGAAGCGAGAUGACCCCGGAAAAUUCAUUCAACUUCUAUAUGUCACUCCAGAGAUGCUCAGCAAGAACCAACGAAUGAUCAGCGCAUUCCAGAGACUGUACAAUAGAGGCCAUCUGGCACGCAUCGUUAUCGAUGAAGCACACUGUGUCAGUCAAUGGGGCCAUGACUUCCGUCCAGAUUACAAGGCGCUGGGAGACGUUGUCCGCCAAUUUCCUGGGAUACCCAUUAUUGCCCUCACAGCCACAGCAACCCAGCUCGUCCGCGCAGACGUGCGAUCCAACCUCGGCAUCGAAAGCGGGCGUAUGUUCUCUCAGAGCUUCAACAGGCCCAACCUCUCCUAUGAAGUUUUGCCAAAGGGCAAGGGUAUGGUCAACAUCUUUGCCGACCUGAUCAAGGAGAGAUACCAUCGCAAGUCCGGCAUCAUUUACUGCCUUUCCCGCAAGAAUUGCGAAGACGUGGCGAAGAAACUCACCGAUCUUGGUGUUCGCGCAUACCACUAUCACGCAGGUAUGGGAGCCGAAGAGAGGUCAGAAGUUCAGAAGAAGUGGCAAAGCAAUCAGUACCAUGUCAUUGUUGCUACGAUAGCUUUCGGAAUGGGUAUCGACAAAGCCGAUGUGCGUUACGUCAUCCAUCACACCAUGCCAAAGAGUCUGGAAGGCUACUACCAGGAGACUGGCCGUGCUGGACGUGAUGGAAAGAGGUCGGACUGCUACCUGUACUAUCAGUUUGCCGACACCAGGAUGCUGCGGAAGAUGAUCGACGAAGGCGAUGGUAGCAGGGAGCAGAAGCAGCGACUGCAUGAUAUGCUACGAACAGUGGUACAGUACUGUGAAAACAAGGCCGAUUGUCGCCGCGCGCAAGUACUAGGCUAUUUCAGCGAGCCUUUUGACCCGGCCAAUUGCAACAAGACUUGCGACAAUUGUCGUUCGGACGCAUCCUUUGUUACCAAGGAUUUGACAAACUACGCUGCCAUGGCUUUCAAGCUCGUCAGUAAGGUGCAUGAGGAUAAUGUCACUAUGCACCAAUGCGUUGAUGCUUUCCGAGGCGCCAAAACCGCCAAGAUCAAAAGGAGUGGUCUCGAAGAGUAUGGCUGGGGUUACGGUGCUGAUCUAGAGCGUGGGGACAACGAACGAAUAUUUCAAUCCCUGCUGGAAUCUAGAGCUCUCAAAGAGAGGAGCAUAAUCAACAAGGUCGGCUUCGCGACCAAUUAUCUUCACCCCGCCACCUUUCGUAACGACUAUGAGACCAAACGCAAGCAGCUUCAGCUGCAGGUCCGAGCAUCACCUACAAAGGCUCCAGUCAGAAAGAAGCAGACAAAGAAGCAGCAAGCGGACUAUCCCUCUACUAACGUUUCUUCACCCGUCCACGCGACGAAGCGCAAGAUCCAAAACUAUGCCUACCACCAGCAGCAUUCCGACAGCGACCACGAGCACUACGCAAAACCACGACAUGCCACACGUGACCAGAAGAGUCGCAGUCGUCAAACUGAGAACUUUGAUGACGAGUUCGCCCAGGUACGGGUUGCGAAGCCACCACGAGCAGCCAAACAACCUAGGGGGCUGGGCAAGCCUAUCACGGUGGAUAGAAGGUUGGCUGGGCUCAGUGAGAUGGAGCAAGAUGCAUUGCGCGACUUCCUCAACGGUGCGAAGAAUCUGAGACAGGAUCUCAUGACAAACAAUGGUCAUCGUCAAGCUAUCUUCUCUGACACGGUACUUCGGGAGAUGGGCCUGUGUUUGCCUGCUGAUCUGGAGGAAAUGAAGACUUUACCUGGAAUCAAACCAGAGAUGGUAGAUCGAUAUGGCAGGAAGUUCAUGCUCUUGAUCAACAACACAAGAGACAUGUACGGUGGCAUUGCUCCUGCUCCACGAAGCCGCACAGCUCAGCGUCAGCCGGCAACUGAGGAGCUCUCGGAUGACGACUAUGAGGAAGAAGAUGACGAGCAAGUCUACGAUCCGAAUCAUCAAGAAGUCAUUGACUUGUGCCUCGACAGCGACGAUGACGUCCCACUACCAGCCGAAGACUCGGAGAGCGACUACUCGUAUGGCGAGAGUGAUGACGAUGAAGCUUUGCGCAGAAGCCACCACUUCACACAGCCUCUUGAUCGCGAAGUGGAAGAGUUCAACAAUCGCUUGACGCAAACUGCUAACGCGAACGCUGCCGCCUCCAGAGCCACAGCGUCGAAGAGGGCGCCCAGAGCAUCCUCAUCUGGGCCAAAGAAGAGGGGCACUUACCGAAAGUCUGGCGGUGGCUUUGGCAGAGGCGGCUUCUCAGGCGUAAGGAAACGAGCCUCGAGUAAGGCGACAAGCAGCAAGGCACCUGCUGCACUUAAAAGGGCUGCUGGAGGACCUCGCAGAGGAGGUGCAGGAGCCGGAGCAGGUGGUGGUGGAGGCGGAGGAACUGGCUGGAGCGCGAUCAUGGGCAUGCCCACUUGAACAUCCCUUGCUCAACAGCUCAACAGACGGAGAUAACGAUACCCGUGGCGUCUCGGUUGGCAUCGGGGACAUUAACGACGGAACGCAUUCUCUACACGCAAGUACCCC